AUGGUAAUUUCCAAAAACCGAUUUUGGUUAGGUACUACUGACAAAAUUUUCUACGAAAUCAAUGCGGUGAGCAAAUUGCAUGAGAUUGCUUGCAGAUUGAAUCCUCUGGAAUCCGAACUUGCCGGCCUGGCGUUACAAUUACUCGGUGAACCGGUUCCCUAUCGUCUCAGUCCACAAGUUCCCCUGUGGACCCCGGAUGAUGUACAAUGUUGGCUUACUCGUACCGGAUUUACCCAACUUGUGCCAAAAUUCACCGAAUUACGAGUGGACGGAGACCUUUUAUUGUGUCUGGAUGAAACAAUGCUAUGCAACGAUUUGGACAUACUCAAUGGUAUUGUACGAUUAAGAUUAAUACGUGAGUUAAAACGUUUGAAGAGUGAGGCGGACUAUUCCCUGAUAGAUCCGUCCAAUUUGGCCGGUUGGUUAGCAUGGGCCAACAGUCUGAUCCCAAGUCCACGGGUCCCUAACAGCGAUAUGGUCGAGUCAACCUCGUCGAAUGGAACCAGUACAGCCCUGGUGCCAGUAAACAGUGUAUCAUCAACUACAGCAUCGGGCCAGAACAACCCACUCAUCCCACCACAGCUGAACACAUCCACAGACCUGAUUCAGUACACGUAUGCACUACUAAAAGCCGGUAUUGAUCGAUCGUUGUUACCUUUCUUGACGGACUCGGCACUGGCUGAGGAUUGUCAUGUAACCAAUGCUAUACAUCGAGCUCGAAUUUUAUCCGCCAUUCAAUCCUACUAUUGCCCCCCACCUGCUCUUGCGAUCGAUCAAGUUGGUUCUACUCAGAUGGGGGUGACGGAUUCAGACAGUGCAUCUUCCGCACGCACGCUGGACUGUUUUAUCUCGUAUCGUCGAGUGAACGGUUCACCGUUGGCCAGUUUGCUCAAAGUCCACUUGGAAUUGAGACGUUAUCGAGUAUUCCUGGACAUUGAUCGAUUACCUGCGGGAAGGUUCAAGGAAUCGUUGCUUCAUUCUAUUCGAUCCUCGGCGAAUUUCCUUCUCGUUUUAACCCCAAAAGCUUUAGAUCGAUGCGUGACCGAUGAGGACAAUACAGAUUGGGUUCAUCGGGAAAUCGCCUGUGCUUUGCAGAGCAAAUGCAACAUAAUACCCAUCACAGACAAUUUCGUUUGGCCGGAUGCUGACAAACUGCCAGAGGACAUUCGUCCGGUGAUCGAAUACAAUGCUGUGAAUUGGAGCCAUGAAUAUCAGGAUGCUUGUAUUGACAAGGUGGAGAAAUUUAUGGUCAAAUCUACGGACAAGACUGUAACACCCGGUCGAUGGCACGUGUCCACUCCCCUUCCGUAUCAACAACAGCAACAACAACUACAACUACCCAUAAUACCCCUUUCACCGACUCCCCAAAGCACUCCGAUCGCAAGUCCACUGACCGAUUCUGUACAGAGCAGUAGAUUAAACCUAUCCUAG